AUGGCAUCCCUGCCGCACCCCCGAAGAAUCGUCACCGGCCACGACGAGGAGGGCAAAGCGAUUUUCCUUGCGGACUCGCGCAUCCCCCUGGAAGCGACAAAGCUGGGGGCCAGCCUCGGCGUGCUCUGGGAGACGAAGCAAUUUCCCGCGGACAACUCUGGGACAGAAGAUCCCGUGAUGGCGAGGACGACGGAUCUCGCGAAUAAAAACGGAGUGAUUCUCAGAGUCGUCGACGUUGAGCCAGGCACGACGCAGGUGAGGAUGUCCGGAGUCUAG